AUAUUUUUCUUGGGUACCUGGACAAAAAAAAUGCCAUCUUCACACCACCCUCCCCGCAAUCUGCUAUGCCCGGUGGCGCCGUCUGCGGCUGCCGUACACCGCUAUCACCAGCGCCCGCCCCAUCUUCUCGGAACGCCGCCGCGGCGCCUCCUUUCCCCUCCGCGACGCCACACCCAAGGUCGACUCGUCCCCGCCAAGCCUCCAAUGGCUAGUACGGGCUCCCCCCCCGCCGCAAACCCCCAGCAAUUCAAGUUGAUCCUGGGCUCAUCGUCGGUGGCAAGGAAACACAUCCUCACCGGGAUGGGGUUCGAGUUCCAAGUCAUGACUGCGGACAUCGACGAGAGGAGCAUAAGAAGGGAGGAUCCUGACGAGCUGGUCAUGGUUCUUGCGGAGGCCAAGGCUGACGCGAUCAUGUCCAGAAUGAGCAUUUCAGAUUACCAGAAAGAGGGAGACCAACCAACACUCCUGAUCACCUCUGACAUAGUGGUCGUCCAUGAAGGGAUUAUUCGAGAAAAGCCAAUCACCAAAGAAGAAGCGCGCCAAUUCCUGAAAGGUUAUUCUGGUGGGCAUGUGUCAACUGUGGGCGGUGUGGUUGUAACUAAUCUUACAACUGGCAAGAAGCUUGGGAGUUUGGACAAAGCUGAGGUCUAUUUCCAUGAUAUACCAGAUGAGGUCAUUGAGAACCUGAUUGACGAGGGGGUAGUAUUUAGGGUCGCAGGCGGCUUGCUGCUAGAACAUCCAUUGACAUUACCAUUUGUCGAAGCAGUGGUUGGUUCCAGUGACAGUGUAAUGGGGCUAUCAAAAGAUCUUGCAAAGAAACUUAUUCACGAGGCAUUAUCGGUGUAGCAUAGCAGUUUCGGUGCCAUCACCAUCCAUCGAAAAUUCGGAACACUGUUGUACUUCAUCAACGUAAAGCCUCAGUGAAAACAUGUCGAUACAUAGUGAUGGUGGUACCCCAUAGUGAUUGUCAUAGAUUAAAUCAUCAGAAAGAAUUGAGAAACCAUAACAUGAAGAUCUUUCGAGUUUGCAAGAACACUUCAAUACCGAUGCCUGCCUUCCUCGACUGAGAAACUCUUGUGGAUAUGUCCAAUUUAUAUGCAAGUGGAUCUUUUCUUCCUUCGUCUGUAUUGUUAGUGCAAUGCCACUACUUUGUUUUGCUUGCAUUUGCUACACAAAGUAGCUGUCCCAUUUUGUACAAUGAUUUCCAUGGGUGUCACUGUUCCUGGAUAACUUUGUGAGUCGCUUAUUUGUUUGUCCUUGACUGGCAUUGCCAAAUUAUGAUCUGGAUCAGAAACUGUUGGUCUUGUUUGGAGAUGCUGA